GUGGGUCCCGCCAAUUAGCUAUGCUAGAUUUUUCAAUAUGUUUAACGUCACAUUAACAGCAUAUGUUUAAGGUAGAAUUGAUAAAAAUAAAAGUCUGGGACUCGAUUGUUACUGAUACAAUACUUAGGGGCUGAAUUGAGAUUUCCCGUGUAAAUAAUGUCGAAUCACAACUCGAAGUUUCAGCACCGUCGAUGUCCGGGACCCACAAUCGAACGGUUCCCUUCCAUUAAGCGCCUGGCUAGUAGACUAGAGUUCAUUUAUUUAUUACUAUAUAUCCUCUAACGGUCACCAGCAAAAAACAAAUAGCUCCGCCAACGUUCACACACUCUCUGGCUCUCUGCAGUAACGGUUACAUUUCUUACACCCUCUCUCACAUCUGUCUCACAGUUUUCGGGUCUUUAUUUCUCUCUCUACAAACCCUUCUCUCUUCAUCUGAAAUAGUUUUGCUCCAUUUCUGGGUCUUACCUUUUUCUCUGCAAUGGAACCAGCAAAAAUAGAUUGGAAGAGAAUAGACUCUGUCUUUGUAGAAGAUAGAUUGUAUGAGAACUUAAAUGCACCCAAAUGGUUUGAUUUCUUUGCUCCUGAAGACUCCACAGAUGAUGAAGCCUGGUUUUGCAGACCUGAUUGUAACCAUCCAAAGACAGCUGAUGAUUUCUUUAAAACCACACCAACUUCUAAGCUUUCAAGCUCAGGUGAUAGAGCUAGAAGUAGAACCCCUCUCGACGACAAGAAUCUAAGAGAUGCAAAGUUGAAGAGAAGGGGGCAAAGUCAGUCUUCAUUUACAUCAUGUGAUUAUAAAGCCAAAUUCAAUGAAGAUAGCGAAAAUCGGAAUCCAAAUUUAUCAACACCAUCAAAUUACCAGAAGUCUAUGAAACAAAUGAUCAAAUCAAGCAGUGAAAAGAACAGACCUAUUGAUGAUGUCCCACAAACCAGGGAAGAACCAAGGCUAAAAAGCACGUUAUCGGCAAGGAAUUUGUUUGCAGGGAAAGAUAUAUUAGGCCAUAUUACUGAGUUUUGCAAUGAAUUGAAGAAGUUGGCAACGAGAGCGAGGGAAAAGGAGAGUUUAAAUGAGAAGGGGAGUCAAGUGGGGGAGAAAAAAGAUGGGGUAGUUGUGAAUGAGGGUUCUAGAGAGGUUUUGGGAGAGUUGAAUGUGAAGGAGAAAGAGAGAAAACCAUUGCUUAACAAUGAUAGAGAGAAACCCGAAGGAAAUGAAAAGGGAAGUGCCAAGCAAGGCAGGAAGAAAAGAGUUGAUGAUACAGAGAACAUCCCAGUGCCUCUGAAUUUGGCAAAUGUGAAGAACAAAGGAGAGGAGCGCCUGCUGCAAAUUCGGACCAAUCCUCCUUCACCUCAAUGCUUUUCUGCCAACCGUGCACCCGCCAAAACUACCCCUUCGAAGGCUUCCAGGUCCAGGCUUACGGAAAGGGGAAUCCUUAAGGAACUGAAGAAGGAUAAGGAAACCACCGAGGACAGAAGUCCUUUCAUUUCUGAUGGAAAAGAAUCGAGAGCUUUGGAUGUUUUCUGGUUCCUGAAGCCCUGCACGACGCUCUCCAGCUGAAAUGUGGAAAACCCCCCCUACCCGGACCCCGGUUUUCCAAAAUUCAUUCUUUAAAAGAUUUUUUUAGUCCAGUUGAAACUGGUCAUUGCAUCUUGUUUCUUCUGGUAUUCGUACAUCCACACCUCCCAUUUUUUAAUUAUUGCUCUUUAAUUGAUUACCUGAUUCAUUUGAUGUCAAUAAGAGAAACUGUAAGGAAGCAAAUCCAAACUCAUUAUAGAAAAUAAAAUUUGUAUUUUUGAACUCGAAAGGUUGAGUGAUGCAAAUACACAACUGGCUCCAUUAUUUGGGGUUGUUGCUCUC